AUGCCACCAAUACCCUUCCAACAGCUCAGCGAUGAGCCCCUUUAUUGUGAGGCGGUGCACAACCAUGACGACACCGACUUUUACUCGGGCUCGGAGGACGACCACUACGAGGGCCCUCUGCAUCGACGGCUGCAUAUCGAGAAGAAGGCUAUUGACUUCCUGUCUGGCAAUGUGCCCAUCUUGCUGUCCGCAACGCUCCGCGGACCUUUCGACAGGAAGCUAUGGAAUAACCCAUGGCGGUCAACCCGAGCCGAAUCACAUGCUGAGCCGCCCAAGGCUCAGCCUACCCGAUCGAGACAGACUGUUUGCCCCGAUGACAACCUUCCGGACACUCAGGGGACAAGUUUAUAUCCCCUCCCCAGCCCCGAGAUCACAAAUCCACCAUCGGCAAGGAAGAACCCGUACAUGGGCGAACAAGACUACAGUCGUGUCAAGGCUUGGAGAGAAGCGGUAAAGAGUACAUCUGUAUCGAAAGACCCGUUCUGGCAGUCACAACAGAGUGACAAUCACGAUAAACCUCGCACGAGAAAGAGAUCUGCAGAUUCAGCUUGGCUUCAUAAGCGUGACGGGAAGAAGCGAAGGUCUGUCAACCCCAGGAAUUCCACUCCGGAUGACUCGCCGAGUCGCAGUGCAGCCCGAACCAAAGGCAACCAGGCGCGACAAAUUUCUGCUUCUCAAGUGGUCACACAACCUUCGAGAGUUCCCUCUCUGCGUGAAGAUGAGCUUGCAACGAACGGUUGUACUGGGCUUUCCGGUCUCAAUGCAUCCCAGAUGGCGAAUAGGAGCAUGGGGUCGUUCGGCUUGCUGCGGCCAGGACAGACUUCGCCUCGCAAGACACGACGAUAUCAAUGCGGCGAUACCUCUGAAGAUGAAUUGUCUAUGCCGGCCACUACGCCUACUUCCAAUGUUAAGCGCUAUUCUACCAUGAUUUCAACGUCUCCGACAGGGAGCCGGUCGCCCAGCCGACGAGGAAAAGCCACCAAGAGCAAUUCCCGAUCAGUUCGUGACCGCGAGAAUUUGUCCCUGGGGCGAGGCAAAGUUGAAAAGCCACAACUCUCCCGAUCACCGGCGAGCCAACACUUGGGUCCUGGUGGGUCCAUCGCAGAUGCUCAAAGGGCAGCACAGAUGGCGGAAGCUGCACUUAAGUGCAUGGAUGAAAGCCCUCAAGAAUCAUUCACGAUGCAGUCCGAGCCACUCGGGAACGGACUUGAUCCAAACGGUGCUAUUGUGGCAAAACCACUGGCCUUCCCCCAAGUCGUGGGUGCACUACCUUCAACUCAACAAGACAACAGCUUCUGCUUCCACAAGAGAGCCAGAAGUCCUGCAGAGAAGGCAGAGUUCGUAUCUACAGAAGCCGAUCUCAUGGACGGGGCGAUUCCGAGUCCGUCAUCGCUACAGCUCCCUGUAGCUACGACAGAAGAGCAAGGACGCCAUUCUGCCGUCGAUGACGGCCUGGCUGCUGCCUCCGUUAGAUCUGAUCCAGCGGCUUUGGUGAGGAAUAGCUCUCAAAACGUUGAAGGUCCCCCAAAUGAAACCGAAAAAGAGUCCGGAGAUCCAGUCUCCGCCCUCGCUGCUGUUGGAGUAUGUCCAUCCGGUAACGAUCCAGCAGAUCAUCAGGCCCACAGCACGGACUGGACAAAGACAAAUGGUGGAACGAAGAAUGCAAAUGAAUUGCCAACCAAGGUUGAGCCUGUUGCUGCGGAUGAGUCCGCAGAUUCUGUUCAGCUUCGGAGUACGGACAAGCAUGACGCGCUUGAAGACCCUCGAGCUAUUUUGCAGAUGGACGGCUGUGCUCAGUCGGACUCAGAGUGGUCGACUUACCUUGACUCGCAGGACCCGACACCUACUUCUGCCUGGGAAAAGGAGAACACCGAAAAUGCAAACGACAUUCCAGUCGUGGAAUAUGGCGUCGACGGCUUGUCCGAUCCGGAUUGGUCAACUUUCGUUGACACACAAGACAUCAUGCCUGUCAUUUCCAGCCCGAAAGCAUCCGUCAAACGGGAAGAAGUCAUCGCAAAUGUCGUCCACCAAGGCUCAGAUAUCCACGUCAACUCCGACGAGAUAAUACCUGUCAACGUGCAAAAUCUGCCAAGCUCCCCUCCCAAAGAAUCAACAGCGACUCACGACUUUGCCGGUGCCGCAUACGACGCGUCAUCGCCAGUUCAUGCUGGUUCAGCAGGCAAUAAUUGUCAACUGCCCACACCAGCGAAAGUCUCUCACGACGCCGACCACUCCCAAGCUAGUGUGGGAUCCAUCAUUGAUGCAUACGCCGAGAUCAGCGUUAUGUCAACGAAUCUCCAUCUUGACACCGAGAUCACUACGACUGAGACAAGCACGACAGAGAUUCUCGAAGCUGAGCGUAGGGAAGUAGGAGCAGAUGCGCCCUCCUUGUCAAAGCAGAUUGCGACGGUCUCGGUGGAUGAGUCUGACGUGCCCAACGAGAGUACUGCUAGUGUGAAGCUACAGCAGCUUCAAGCAACUCUGCAGAUGCCGACCGCCCCAGAAUCUCAGUUGAGUCCGACUUGCGAUCCAGGCAGGCCCGAUGAAAUUAUGGUCGAUGUUGAGAUACGAGACAUCGAAGACGUAUCCGGUAACGACUCGCAAAUUCCAAGAGCACCUGGAAACGCCGCAGAUUAUAGUGUUGGUGCUAGCUUCUUUGACGAGACGACUAUCAGUACCGAAUUACCACAGUUCCAAAGCCCAUGGGCCAAAGAAGAAGGCACCCUUUUGCAGACGCCACCCCAGGCUCCAAACAAUGACAUAAUAUUUAGCAUAGAUUCUAAUGUCCCCGAAGAGGCAGCAAUGCAAGUUCAAAGCCCAUGGAAUAAAAAAGCUGCCAUUGCCACGCACUUGUUUGUUCCGCAGGCAAUCUGUGCCAGCCCGACCGGAAGCACACCUAACCUGAGCCUCCUUGCUGGCAAAGCAGUGGCGGUGUCUCAACCAGCACAGAGCCCUUGGGGGGAGCGGACUCCGUCAGUCUCAAAUCUUCCGACACCGAACUUCGAGAUGUCUAUCAGAGCAUUCUCGGACUUUAUGACACCGUCGCCAAUAAAGAAGCGAGUGUCCUCGAACGGAAGCAUCCUCAAAUGCUCAAGCACAAGAUCUGGCAUCCUCUUCAAGACGUCUGAGCCCCAGAAGCCAGCUCGUCGAGUGCACUUUGCGCCUCUUCCCGGCAAGGAAGAGGCAUUCAUCACUGAACCUGAAACGGAUGACACGGACGGUAUCUAUGAUGAAGAGGACAUCUCCUACUUCGAUCCAUCAGGCCAGAAGACUGGCACCGUACGUUUGCCUAAGCCAACCACGAGGGUGGCUUCUCCGCCCCCUACAGAGAUGAGCUCUGUGGAGGCUGGCGUGCUCCCCGAUCACGACCAGAAAUUUGCCAAGCACUUUGAGGCGAUGUCGAAACGCAAGAAGCCGACGCGGAAGUCUCUGAGACUGUUGCCAUCGGAGUCUCAGCAAGGGACCUCUCCAAGACAGGAAGUCGGCGCUAUGGCAGAGGCUUUCAUCCAAGCCUCACAGACCAGGCGGAAAGGAUUGGAGCUCGCAGUGGAGAAGAAGGCAGAGGCAGAACGCGAAUACGGCCACGUUGAGAAGGCAUUCACCCCUGUAGCGAUGGAGGUUUUCGAGGAUCAGGAGAAUGUGGAGCCGGUAGACGAUGUCAGCGCAGUCCUCGAUAAUCUGGACGAUUUCCUCGACAACACUUGGGGUAUUGACAUGGGUGUCAACGACCGCCCCGCAGACGAGGCGCACAGUAAUCAGGAGAAGAAACCUGCUUCCAUCCAGAGUGCGCAACAAGAGGUUGGAGACCCAAUGCUUUCUUUGGAGGCCAACGUCUGGGCCGACUGA